AUGGCCGGCAGGAAGUCUGUGUGUUGUGGUCUUUCUGCUCUGGAGCUGACGCUGGGAAUCCUCUUCAUCCUCAUGACAGCUGUGAGUGUGUCGCUGAUCGCGCUGAUGGUUACCUGGAAAACAGACACAGGGCCAGAGCCGACUCUUCCUCCUUCUCCAGAGACCGAAGGCAAACCGUACAUGGUGGGAGUGGGCCGAGCUGACUGCACAGGCCCGCCGGCUGAAAUCCCUCUGAUGGGAUAUGCGAACCCUUCACAGACGGCUGCAGGCAUACACACACGUCUGUUCAGCCGAGCCUUCAUCGUCGACGACGGGAGGCAGAGAGUCGUCUUCAUCACCGCAGACGUAGGAAUGAUAUCACAGAGACUGAGGCUGGAGGUUCUGCAGGCGUUGCAGGUGAAGUACGGGUCUCUGUACCGGCAGGAUAACGUCGUUCUGAGCGGGACACACACACACUCAGGACCAGCCGGAUAUUUCCAGUACACACUGUUCAUGAUCACCAGCAAAGGAUACAUCCCAGAGUCCAUGGAGCCACUGGUCAACGGCAUCGUCAAGAGUGUAGACAUAGCCCAUCGUAACCUGAAGCCGGGCCGGAUUUACAGGAACAGAGGAGAGCUGGACGACAGCAGCCUGAACAGAAGUCCUCACUCAUACCUGAAGAACCCCGAGGACGAGCGAGACAGAUACAAACAGAACACAGACAAGCAGGUGUUGGUGCUCAAGUUCACUGAUAUGGACGGAGACGGGAUCGGUAUGCUCAGCUGGUUUGCAGUACAUGCAGUCAGUAUGAACUACACCAACCAGAUGGUGAGCAGUGACAACGUUGGCUACGCCUCCUACCUGAUGGAGCAGGAGAAGAACCCCGGAGCUCUACCUGGACAGGGAAGCUUCGUGGCUGGUUUCUCCUCCAGUAACCUCGGUGACGUCAGUCCGAACAUCAGAGGACCUCACUGUGCCAACACUGGACUGCCCUGUGACUACGUGAACAGCUCCUGUCCUAUAGGAGGGACUAAACUGUGUCAGGCGUACGGACCUGGUGUCGAUAUGUUCGACAGCACGAGGAUCAUCGGACACAAUAUCUACAAGAAGGCUAAGGCCAGCACCUGUAAACCAGCUCUGGGUCACAGCUUUGCAGCAGGAACAACAGACGGAGGAGGAGACCUCAACUUCACUCAGGGCGCUGUGGAAGGCGACCCGUUCUGGGACGGGAUCAGAGACGCUCUCGUUGGGAAGCCGUCCAAUCAGACGCAGGAAUGUCACCAACCCAAACCCAUCCUGUUUCAGCACGGAGAGAUGAACUGGCCUCUGCCUUGGCAUCCUCAGAUUAUCGACGUUCAGAUCAUCACAAUCGGCUCCGUCGCUGUUGUCGCAGUUCCUGGAGAAAUGACCACCAUGUCUGGGAGAAGGUUAAGAGAAGCUGUCAAACAGGAGCUGCAGUCGGAGGGGUCGUAUAAGGACUCUGAGGUGGUGAUAGCUGGUCUGAGUAACGUGUACACACACUACAUCACCACCUAUGAGGAGUACCAGCUCCAGCGGUAUGAAGGAGCUUCGACCAUCUUCGGUCCGCACACGCUCAGUGCGUACAUUCAUAAAUACCGAGGCUUGGCCAGAGCCAUCGCACAGGACAGAGUGUCGGCGCUUCCUUCCGGCCCUUCGCCUCCUUUCUAUGAAAAACUCUUCAGUCUGCUUUCUGCAGCGCCGUUCGACGGGAAGCCAGUGAACAGCAGCUUUGGAGACGUCUUACAGCAGGUUUACCCCGUCUACAGACAGGGUGACGUCGUCUCCGUAACGUUCGUGGCAGGAAACCCGAGACACUCUGGAGACAUGAGAGAUAAGACGUUCGUUACCGUGGAGAUUCACGACAACAGAACGGACACCUGGGAAGUCGUCCACACUGAUGCAUCAUGGGAGACCAGGUUUCAUUGGCUGAAGGGUUCGAACCGGCAGAGCAACGUGACGGUUGAUUGGCACAUCUCUCCGCUAGCUACCAGUGGCUCCUACAGGAUCCGACACUUCGGACACCACAAGCAGCUGAAGGGCCUGCGACCCGUCAUCAUGGCGUACGAAGGCACGUCGGACGUCUUCAGAGUCGCCGCCAGCUUUUACUAUCAGUGA